AUGAAUUCGAUUGACGAUAUAUCAAGCACGUGCGGAAACGGAUGUGGAUUAUCAUUUCAAAAUAAAUUCCCUAACAGUGCUAAACCCAAAGAAAAAUUAAUUUAUAAUUCAGAAUCGGAGUCCGACUUUGACAGUGAGAAUGAAACAAUUGACGUGAUUUGUGAAAACAGUGAUCAUAAAGAACAUAGUGUACAAAUAUUAACCGCGAACACUCACAUUUCAUCAACCUCAACAUGUCCGGAACUAAAUCCACUGAACGGCGCUGAAAUAUUGGCGGGACAUGCGUAUGUUCAUUGGCUUGCUACUCAACAACCGACAUCUACAUUUUAUGAUGAUAAGAAUAAUAGAAGACCACGUCGAGCAGGUCCCGAAAGAAAGCCACGUCAGGCGUACAGCGCGAAACAACUAGAAAGAUUAGAAGCUGAAUUUAAACUAGAUAAAUAUCUAAGCGUUUCCAAAAGAAUGGAACUCUCAAAGGCUCUAGGCCUCACUGAAGUACAAAUUAAAACAUGGUUUCAGAACCGAAGGACGAAGUGGAAGAAACAACUAACAUCUCGUUUAAAAAUCGCACAACGCCAAGGAUUGUUUUCUGGACAUAAUAUUUUCGGACAUGCUCCCCAAAAUUAUUCUCUUUUGAACCCGUACGCGUAUGCACCGCUGAGCUGUGUUUUUACUCCCGUUACUAUUCCUACAACGCAGCCCUAA